UGGGCGCCCUGAUGGGUGUCCCUGACGCAUCCCUGCCUCGUUCCCGGGAACGGAGAACUGUCGCUACGAAUCACUCAGGGCAGCAUAACUAAUGAGGGAAAAAAGCUAAAGACAAAAACAUACUUCUUUCUCUACCUUAUGAAAGUGAAGUGGUUCUUAAUAGAUAAGGCCCUUGUUAGCUGCUUGCUGAUACCCGUUGAGGAAGAAGGAGGUCCAGCAAGACUAUGAAUCUCUGUUCCAAAUGCUUUGCUGAAAAAAGAAAUCCACACAAUGAAAAAGAUUUCCAGAAGAAACAGCCAGACGAUGACUCUACUCCCAGCACAAGCAACAACCAGUCAGAUUUGUUCUCUGGGGAAACAAACAGUGACAACAGCAAUACCUCUCUAAACACACAGGCCGCUAACUCCAGCCAGCAACUUUUGACAGAACUGAAUGUAACUUCACCGAGCAAAGAGGAAUGUGGGCCAUGCACAGGUACAGCUCAUGCCUCAUUAACCACACCAACCAAACGAUCUUGCGACUCAGAGAAUUUUCUUCUAAGUAGUGGAAAAAACACAGCAUUAAGAAAUGAAGAGGCGUGCAGCAGCAUGACAGCAUAUGAAAACAGUGGCUCCUGUCCCUGUCUAUUCAGUACAGAUUCACAGUCGGAGAGUGAGGCUUCUCCUGUGAAACGGCCACGGCUACUGGAUGACAGUAAUAACAGGCCUGAAGAAACCAGUCGAUCCAAACAGAAGAGUAGACGCCGAUGCUUCCAGUGCCAAACAAAACUGGAACUAGUACAGCAGGAACUGGGAUCAUGUCGCUGUGGUUAUGUGUUCUGCAUGUUGCACCGCCUGCCCGAACAGCACGACUGCACGUUCGACCACAUGGGCCGCGGGCGCGAGGAGGCCAUCAUGAAAAUGGUCAAACUGGAUCGGAAAGUAGGGAGAUCUUGCCAGCGCAUUGGCGAAGGAUGUUCCUGAGUGCAAGACUGCAACCAAAUGCUGUUCUCUUAGUUCACUAAUGUUAGCCUUAUUUAGGACAAAGUCAGCCAGACACCUUGUACUAGGCAAGUUUCAGACUACAGCCAAUCAGUUUCCUUUCUUUAGCCAACCGUCCUGGUACUGUAGUUUAGGGAUUGAUGGUUGAAAUUGAUCUCUGGCUGGUUACUAAGGUGCCUGCUAGCCACCGUAUAAAAAUAAAACAUGAAGAAAUACUAUUUUUGAGUACGGCUAGUGGAUUUAAACAAAGCAAGAAAAAUCCAAAGGCUUCUGUUAUCGCUGGAGUCACUCUAAAAGCCUUAUGCUGGAAACAUUCCAGCUGCAGAGUUAAAACAAAUAGUUGUGUAGAAGCUGGUGUAAAAGUUUGCUAUGCACAUGGCUUUUGGACAAACUGUUUAAUGUGCAGCCUUUCACCUCUUCACUGCUACUGAAUCCUGAGGAGGUGAAAUACUACUUGGAGCAGCAACUGCAACUGCUUAAGUGCAGAAGACCUGACUGGUAACUUGUGCCUUCAUCACGUGUGGCUUUUGAGUUAGGCAGUGUCACCAGCAUCAGGGAUUCUGUUGGGGUAGGAACACCUUUCUGGUUCUUCCCAGGAAGCCAAAAAGAAAGGGGGACAAAGAUUCUUAUGAAAAAUUUUUAUAUCUUACUAUAAAGAACCUAUCAGAGUUUUUUGGGUUUUUUUUUUUUUUUGUUUUGUUUUUUUUCCUUUCUUCUCUGGUAAAUUAUGAUCUCUCUUUAAAGCCAGCUCCAUCCCGGAGCAGUAAAUGGUGCAUACCAGUAAGUGGUGCGACUUUUUACAUGGCAUCCACAGAGAUUCUGCAUCUUGUGUGAACAGAUUCCACAUACCUUGAGCAGUGCAGCCAUUCCCACUGGCCAAAACCUGAUUGGCUCUUGUUUGCCUUUUGCUAAGUGCAGGUAUCUGAUGAUUGAUCAAAUAAGGCUAAUUCACAGCACAGUAGCCAUGGCUGGAUUCUACAGACUGAUUUUCUGUAGCUAGACUUACAUAUUGGGGAAAAAAGGACAUUUUGUAGCAAACAGAAUUCAGUAACAGUAUUGGGGAACAACCUGUAAAACAAAACAACCUUUGUCAGAAUGAGUUUGUGUUCCUCACACAGACAGAGUUCAGAGUGUCAAUGAGAUAAUCAAAGGGGCUCCACCAGCCCUCCUAUGCAGCUGAACGUGCCCACAAAAAUCCCUGCCCGCAAAACGAAUAUAGCAAGUGAAUGUGAAAAACAUUAUCUGGAUAGAAUGUUCUGGAUCUGGUUAGAGCUAUGGUUCUGUGUUACGGUGUGUCAUGCUGAGCUGAGCCGAACCACACCGGCUUUGCCACUUUGGAAACAUAAAAGCAAACAUCAUAACGGAGCUGUCUCUUGCUGCCCACGGGGCUUAUGCAGGUAAAAAUAAUUUGUGCCAAUGUCACCCAGCUUAAUCCUGAAUGAGUUUAACUUCUCAUUUGAUUAGCAAGUUAUUAACAAGUGGGUAAAUUUGUAAGAAAACCCGAGGGAAGGAUCAACUUUGUCUCAUAUUUAAAUACUGGGCGGAUCUGAAACACAUGGGGUGAAGUAACCUGUCACUUGGAAAACCCCAGCUUGAUCCUCCCAGUGAUCCUCCAUUCUAUUUGUUACAGGUAAUUAACUCCUUAUAGGCCAAAUUACACUAUUACUUUGGUAGCCAAUGUUAGGAACAUUUAACAAUGAGACAACUAAUUAAAAAAAUUUUUUAUAUAUAUAUAUAUAUGUAUGUAUGUGUAUAUAUAUAUAUAUAUAUAUAUAUAUAUGUACGUAUGUAUAUAUGUGUGGGUGUGUGGGUGUGUGUCUUUACACAUACACAGCAUCUGACUGUAUUAGCAUUAACCAUGAAGGAAAUCAGAAAUGUCCUAUCAUUAGAAAUGCAAGCUGUCUGGAAGGCAGGCAGGUUUUUUUUUCCCUUGUUCUUAUUCAAGACUAUGAACCAGUAGCAAAAGCUUCUGUAAUGGGCUGCGUUUUCAGGAAGUGGUCCUGGUGAGAGGACCUGUCCAAGGAUAUUAUUUACAUUUGCAGUAAGGAGUUUAAAAAAUUCAUGGAUUUUGGCAGCUGCUGUGAUACGCACUUUCUUUUCCCACAAAAUCCUAUCCUAGCAUUUGAUGGGCAUUCUGAUUGAUACACAAGACUUUUCUGCAUUAAUACUGAAGAUAUUUUGUUCCUCCUUAAUAUUCUCUUUAAUCUUGUUACAAGUGCACAGAGGGUUUCAAGGUUGCUCUUGAGAGGACACUACUUAACGUUCAUGUGAAUUAUGGACAAUGUUCACUUUAAAUAAAAAGUUGGAGAGGGGGUUGUUCCUUUGCAGUACCUGUUCUGUGAAGUUUGUUAAACGUAAAGAAAGCUUAAGUUCUUGUAUCUUAAAAGAAGAUCUUAUUUAACCCUUUUGUGUUCUAGAUUUACUUACACAUGUAGCCUAGAGCUCAGUUUUAGUUUAACAUUGUGAAAAUAUUGAAAGAAUCUUGUAACUUUAUUCUUUUUCCUCAUGCUAAAAAAAAAAAAAAAAUUAAACCAAUCAGAUUAAAGUUUGAAUUCCUUUCUGCCUA